CAGAGAGGCUGCACCUUUUUUUUCUUUUCUUCAGGGAUUCUGUUUUGUGUGGAUUAUGAACGGGUUAGGACACCAGCCUGCAUCCAACCACCAGACCAGCCACAUCCAGCAUCACAGCGCACAGGAGCUCCUGGACAUGGCCGUCUACUGCGAGAACUAUGGAGUCUACCAGCAGAACCUCCACCACCACCACCCUCAGAGGCCGCCGGCCCACUCCUCCACCUACAGCCUGGGUGACUAUACCUCCCCAUCCACCAACCCCUACCUUUGGCUCAACGGACCGACCAUCAACUCCUCAUACCUUCCCGGAAACAACGGUUCUUCUUACAUGCAACCUGGAUACGGCUCCAACCAGAGGCAGUUCCUGCCGCCUCCAAGCGGGUUCGAUGGAGCCGAUCUGAGCUGGCUGUCCAUCUCCAGCCAGCAGGAGCUCUUUAAGAUGGUCAGGCCGCCUUACUCUUACUCUGCUCUCAUCGCCAUGGCCAUCCAGAGCGCACAGGACAAGAAGCUGACUCUGAGUCAGAUCUAUCAGUAUGUAGCUGACAACUUUCCUUUUUAUAAGAAGAGCAAAGCUGGUUGGCAGAACUCCAUCCGACACAAUCUGUCUCUGAAUGACUGCUUUAAGAAAGUCGCCAGAGAUGAGGACGAUCCAGGAAAAGGGAACUACUGGACUCUGGACCCCAACUGUGAGAAGAUGUUCGACAACGGAAACUUCAGACGCAAAAGAAAAAGGAGAUCGGAUAUAAACAGCGCUGUCAAACUAGAGGACGCUCCCAGUAAACUGUCCGACACCUCCAGCCUCCUCACGCCCUCCCCUCCCAGUUUACAAGCAUCCCCGUCCUCCACGGAGCCCAAGUCUGCGUCUCCGCCUCCCUCCGUGGAACACAGCCCGUGUUUUAGUAGCUUCAUGUCUGGCGUCAACUCUUUGCUGGGGGGGAGCGAUGGCUCCGGGCCCCCUGGGGGGGGGACGACCCAGAGCAGGGAGAGCUUGUCCGGACUUGGCUCCUACUCUCCCUCAUUAAUCUCCCCUCUUAACUCUGAGAAUAACAGGAUGAACUAUUAUACAUCAGCACAGAGCCUCUCCAACCACUUCAGCGUCAAUAACCUCAUAUACAGCCGAGAGGGAACUGAGGUUUAGACUGUUUGCUGGUUCUUUUGUAUGGAGCUCCAAAAGUGCCAUAUUUAUACGUCAAGGAGUAAAAUUGAUGGAUUAUAUAUGGUAGCAAAAAAAAA